CUCGUGACUGACCUGCAGUAGACGCAAUAAGCUGCUGCCAGCAGCUGAUUUGUGUGGCUCUCGGGAAUCCUAGCUUCUUCGGUGUAAAUUCUGUAGAAAAUGACGAAGUUGAGCGAGUUUUCAACGAUGCCGGAAGACGUUGACAGAGGCUCAGCGGGCGCUACAAGCCUGCUGGCUCAGCGAGCCAAUGAGGUCCUGAAAGAGAAAAUCAACUGGCCUUCAUAUCUACAGUCCCAGAUGAUGAGCCAGGAGGACUUUGAAGUGAUGAACAAACUGGAAAGUCGUGGAUCAGCGAGGGAAACACUGCUUCUGCAGCAACGUCCUCUUGUGGCUAAAACCUUCAUUUCUCUGCUGUCUCAUGUCAGCAAGGAUAGCACCAUCCAGUACAUCUUGGUGCUACUUGACGAGUUGAUCUCCGAAGAUCCUUCUCGUCUGGACAUGUUCCGAGAGAACGCUCGCAAGCACAAGGGGGAGAACCAAUGGACUGCUUUCCUCAACUUGCUGACUCGUCCUGACCCCUUCACCACCCACAUGAUCGCCAGGAUCCUCUCCAAGAUGUGCUGCUGGGGCACUGAGCGCAUGGAAGGCUCCGACCUCACCUUCUACCUCACCUGGCUCAAGGAUCAGCUCAGGACCACGCCGGAGCGCGAUGCGGACAAAAAGUCCCGCGAUGCGGACAAAAAGUCCAAAACCACAACGCCCGCGAGGUCGUCUUCCUACCGCCCGCCCCCCGACGGCAACGAGUACGUGCAAUGCGUGUGCCGCUGCCUGCAGAUGUUGCUGCGCAUCGACCCCUACAGAGACGCCUUCUUCAAGCUGGAUGGCGUCGUAACCAUUGUACAGGUUCUGGGAUCAGGAAAACACAACUUCCAAAUUCAAUACCAACUGACCUUCUGCCUGUGGGUGCUCACUUUCAACCAUGAGAUCGCGGAGAAGAUGAACAAGUAUGGAGUUAUUCCAACUCUGGGUGACAUUUUGUCCGAAAGCGUCAAGGAAAAGGUGACUCGCAUCACGCUCGCUGUGUUCCGCAACCUCAUUGAGAAACCACAGGACAGCAUCAUCUCUCGCGACAACUGCAUCCAGAUGGUGCAGUGCAAGGUUUUGAAGCAGCUUGAAAUCUUGGCCCAACACAAGUUCGACGAUGAAGACAUUACUGCUGACAUUGAGUUUCUCAACGACCGUCUGCAAACCUCAAUCCAGGAUUUGAGCUCAUUUGAGGAGUACUGCUCGGAGGUGAAGUCAGGCCGCAUGGAAUGGUCACCGGUGCACAAGAGUGAGAAGUUCUGGCGUGAGAACUGCCACCGCCUCAACGAGAAGAACUACGAGCUCCUCAAGAUCCUCAUCCAACUGAUGGAGACAAGCACCGACCCCCUCGUGCUGUCAGUGGCUUGUCAUGAUAUCGGCCAAUACUCUCGGCACUACGCCGCGGGCAAAAAGGUGUUAGAGCAGCUGGACGGCAAGCAGUGCGUGAUGGCUCAUCUCUCACACAGCGACCCUAAUGUUCGUUACGAGGCGCUCCUCGCUGUGCAGAAGCUCAUGGUUCACAAUUGGGAGUAUCUCGGCAAACAAAUCGAGAAGGAGAGUGAAAAACCGUAAACAGGCGCCCGAUAACUUGCUACGAGCGCACCAUCAAAGGAGGACGAGGCACUGGACUCUUCAAUAAAUUUUUAGUCUACCGCGUUUGAACGUAGUAAUACGGUAUCAUUGAAAGACACAUUCCGUGAAUUAUAUGUUUUGUAGUGUUUACAAGUCUGCGAGGUGUGAACCAAGACAGGUUUUAAUAGUCAGCUUCGUUCGUGGAAUGCAGUGCAUCGUGUAGCCACUUCUGUUUUGCAGUCGCUGACCUUAGAUGCGAUUGAAUUUGUGUCCGUCGUUUGAAAUGCUGCACAUGUUUAAGAUCGUGCCAACUGCGAAACGAGUAAAUAUAACGAUUUUCAGUGCUCAAAGCUUCAAAAUCUAUUCCAUUGGUCGGGAACCAGCAAUGCUUGGCGAAAAAUUUACAAGUUAUGCGGGCUGGUAUUGUCGGCAUGCCCGGGAGGGGAUAUUUAUCCCCGCAUAAGAGAAGAUAACUACUUGUUGACCCAAGGCCGCACCUUUUUGUUCAUCAGCAUUCUAAUUAUUCAUCAAGCGAAAACUCGCAAACCGUAGCUGCAUGACCGAAAAAUAGAGUAUAUGUAAUUAUUCCUUGCGGACGUUUUUUGGGAUAUCAUUUUCUUUUCACCAAAAUUGUUUCCACUAGAAAAACCCUUUCAACAUGCUUUAAGUGCAUGCGUAGUAAUUUAUUUGUAAUAUAUGUUACAUAAAAAAUAUAUCUUAA